GCGGGGCCGGAGGGGCGGGGCCGGCGCGCGGCCGCCAUGGGGCUGCUGACGAUCCUGAAGAAGCUCCGCGAGAAGGAGCGAGAACUGCGGCUGCUCGUGCUGGGAUUGGACAACGCCGGGAAGACGACGCUGCUGAAGCGGCUGAACGGGGAGGACGUGGGGGGCACCUCCCCCACCCUGGGCUUCAACAUCAAAACCCUGGAGCACCGCGGGUUCCAGCUGCACGUGUGGGACGUGGGCGGGCAGCGCUCGCUCCGCUCCUACUGGCGCAAUUACUUUGAGAGCACGGACGCGCUGCUCUGGGUGGUGGACAGCAGCGACCGGCAGCGGCUGCGGCUCUGCGCCCGCGAGCUGCGCGGCCUGCUGCGCGAGGAGCGCCUGGCCGGGGCCACCCUGCUCGUGUUCGCCAACAAGCAGGACCUGCCGGGGGCGCUGCCGGCCGCCGACAUCCGGGAGGCCCUGGAGCUGGACUCCAUCCGCAGCCACCGCUGGCGCAUCCAGGGCUGCUCGGCCUUCACCGGCCGCGACCUCCUGCCCGGCCUGGACUGGCUGCUGGACGAGCUCGGGGCGCGGCUCUGCCCGCCCGACUGAGCCGGGGCAGCCGGGGGGACCCUGCACUGGCCAGAGCGACCCGAGUGACCCUGAGUGACCCCGAGGGACCCUGAGUGACCCCUGCACUGGCCAGAGCGACCUGAGUGACCCUGAGUGACCCUGAGUGACCCCGAGGGACCCUGAGUGACCCCUGCACUGGCCAGAGCGACCUGAGUGACCCUGAGUGACCCUGAGUGACCCCUGCACUGGCCAGAGCGACCUGGGGGACCCUGAGUGACCCUGAGUGACCCUGAGUGACCCCGAGGGACCCUGAGUGACCCCUGCACUGGCCAGAGCGACCUGAGUGACCCUGAGUGACCCAGAGUGACCCCUGCACUGGCCAGAGCGACCUGAGUGACCCAGAGUGACCCUGAGUGACCCAGAGUGACCCCUGCACUGGCCAGAGCGACCUGAGUGACCCAGAGUGACCCAGAGUGACCCAGAGUGACCCCUGCACUGGCCAGAGCGACCUGAGUGACCCUGAGUGACCCCGGGGGACCCUGAGUGACCCUGAGUGACCCUGAGUGACCCUGAGUGACCCCUGCACUGGCCAGAGCGACCUGAGUGACCCUGAGUGACCCCUGCACUGGCCAGAGCGACCUGGGGGACCCUGAGUGACCCCGAGGGACCCCGAGUGACCCUGAGUGACCCAGAGUGACCCCUGCACUGGCCAGAGCGACCCGAGGGACCCUGAGUGACCCUGAGUGACCCCUGCACUGGCCAGAGCGACCCGAGGGACCCUGAGUGACCCUGAGUGACCCCGAGGGACGCCUGCACUGGCCAGAGCGACCCAAGUGACCCUGAGUGACCCAGAGUGGCCCUGAGUGACCCCGAGGGACCCCUGCACUGACCAGAGUGACCCGAGUGACCCCGAGUGACCCCUGCACUGGCCAGAGCGACCCCUGUGCCCCCCGGUCUGACCCCAGCCCGGGAACCCCCGAACCGAGGCAGCCCCAAAAUCCGAGACCCCCCCCAGAGCCCCCUGGGAUGGGGGAGGGGGUCCUGACCAGAGCGGACCUGGGGGGUCUGGGGGGGUCCCGGGGGGUCCCGGCCCCGCCGGUGCCAAUAAAGCCGCUGGAAAUGUG